AUGGAAAACGAGACGUUUCUUGGAGCGUUUACUCUAGUUAGUGGAAUCUUCGGUUGCUUCACAAACUGGUCAGUUGUACUCUUUUCAAGUAGUGUGCCCUCCUUGAGGAGCUCUUUCGGAGUUCUCUCUGCUCAUGGCUCAUUCGCAACAGCUAUUUAUUGCACAAUUGCUGUAUUCUGGAUAGCUCCGUUGAUGCUAGUAGACAUUGACUGGUUGUUGAAGUACUCGCAUUAUGCUGGAUUUGUACUAUAUCUUUGUUAUGAUUUAGCUACUGAAACUCAUCUUCUAAUAUGCUUAAAUCGAUUUUGUGCUGUGUGGUAUCCACAUAAAUAUCCAGUUUUCUUCAGUACAAACUCUUCAUUUUUCCUCUUGGCCGCUUUAUGGAUCUUCUGUGUACUCAUCAGUAUCACAGUAUUCCCAUUGUCUGGGUGUCAAAUGUAUUAUGAGAAAUCCCUCAAUACUCUGGUCUAUACAUUUACUCCCGAAUGUCAAAAACUUACAUUUGUCGUUGACUUUCAGUUGCACAUGAUUGUAGUUUUUGUCAUGAUUAUAUUAAAUUCCCUCACUUUUUAUCAGUUCAGAAGGCAAAACAAAGCUGUUUCCGUCACUCUGAAUCACGCGUCAUCUCGACGAAAAGCAAAAUCGGAGCGGAACUUUCUGAUGCAAACUUUUAUUCAAGAAAGUGGAUAUACUGUUGCACUUCUAUCGUACUUCCUGCUAGUAACAGUCAUCGAAAAUGAGCUUCUUCGUUUUAUAAUCAUACUUCUCCCAUGGUAUUUUGUUCAUGCUUUCGAAGGGAUGGUCACCAUUCUCUGUAAUCCGGAACUCAAAAAUAUAUGCUUCUAG